AUGGAAAGCAAUGUUAAAGCAAAAAGCAAUCAUGGAAAAGUUUCUGCUUCUGCAUCAGCAUCAAAUAAGUCACCAGCAAUGAAGAAGGAUUUAAUUUGCAAGUAUUGCAACAAGAAGUUCAAUAAUUAUCAAGCCUUGGGUGGACAUCAGAAUGCACACAAGAAUGAAAGAGCAGCAGCACAAAAACAGAAGAUUCUUAGCAUGGCUUCUGCUUAUAACAAAAAUUCAUAUGCUGAUGGGUUUGUUAAUUCAAACCAAUCUUAUGGAUUUGGUGGCAAAAUAUUAGGGGUGUCACCACUAUCCAUGACUCGUUUUAAGCCCCAUUAUUAUAGUAAUUGGUCUCAUAAUCAUAUGUCACAUGUUGCAUGGCCAAGGCACCAGAUUUUGAAUAGUGUUCAACCCACCAUUCAUCAGUUGCAGACUUUGAUGAUGGCUGAUCAAGGGAGUGGAUUUUAUCGGCACCAUAAAUCAUAUCAACAACCUUUAAGUUUUCCUAUACUUAGAGAAGGAGCAGUACUAAAUUCAGGGUCGCAAUCAGAGUUAUUAAAUCCUAGUUUAUGUUAUAAGGGGAAUAAUUUUGGUCAAGCAAGCAAUUCUUCAAUAAUACCUCAGAAUGGAAUCAUAGAGGGGUCUGAGGAUUUGAAUAUCAAGACUUCUGGUGAAGCAAAAAACAGUUUUUCUUCGAUGCUUGCCAAUGGAGACGUGAUGGAGCUUGAUUUGACUCUCAAAAUUUAG